ACAACACCACCAACAACAGACGAACCUGCUACAACACCACCAACAACAGACGAACCUGCUACAACACCACCAACAACAGACGAAUCUCCUACAACACCACCAACAACAGACGAACCUGCUACAACACCACCAACAACAGACGAACCUGCUACAACACCACCAACAACAGACGAACCUGCUACAACAACACCUACAACAGAAGAACAUGCUACAACACCAUCUACAAUACCAACAACAGCGGCGACAUUGGUAACAUCACCAAAUAGAAAGCGACGAGAUUUAGAUUUUUUACCAUUAGAUACUGGCAACACUAGAAAACGCAGACAUCGUCGCAGUGUAAACCCUAGUGACAUUGUUAUCAACAUCGUUGAUCCUGRUAUUCGGUCUUACGAGGUCAAAAACCUGDAAAAGGAUGUUGAAUACUGCAUCAUCAUGUACGGCAGAACUGCAGUUGGCGAUGGAGUGAAAUCAGACUGCAUAAACCAGAAAAAGUCUUUGAAGGACGAAAUCAUACCUACUGUCAAAGCUCAAGCAUCUGCUACGAGUAUCAAUGUCUCUCUUAACAUCACUGACUUCGAGAACCUACGAAGUACCGGGUAUUUGCAAUACUAUGACUUACAGUUUACAGUSCUUCGAGUAAAUGGRAACCCUGUUCUGGAUAAAGACGUCAUCAAGMGAACCUUCAACGCCUCCACACAGCAUUUUACUCUCGACAAUUUCAAUAUUUACACGACAUACAGCUUGCAACUUUCUUUGGUAACGAGGAGGGGAAGUGAGAGUCUUACAGAUCCAGUMUACGUCGAAACAUGUCGUUGCCCUUCCACAUUCUACACGAACUGGUUCMUCAGCCCACCAUUCACAAACCUAAACACWGGCUCUCAACCUGGCGGUAUCUUACCCAUCAUCCUCGAGUACAUCAUCGACGCMGCCUGUGGACGCUGUGAGUUCAGCCAUGAAACAUCAUCCGUGGAGUUUUUUAAUGAUGUUACAGGCAAAAGAACCAAUUUUAAAGCCAACAAAACACUUUCCAUUGGCGCCAUUAACUCCAACAUCGAUAUAACGUUUCCUAUUAAUAGCAAGAAUGAGGCCAAAUACAUAGGGACAUUUAUACCCAUCUUAAACGUACCUGUAUUGCUUCUGAUCAAGAGAAACGAGUCUUCUAUAAACAAGUACGCCAAAGUUGUUGCAGAUACAAUCUAUGAUAUAUGGCCAAUCAUUGUUAUUAAUAUCGCCUUUAUGUUCUUGGCUGGUACUAUUAUUUGGACCAUAGAGAGAAUGAGUAACAGUGAUCAGUUUCCUACAAAAACUGCCAAAGGUUUGUUUGAGGGGACCUGGUGGUCCUUCAUUACCAUGACAACUAUCGGGUAAGAUUACAGCUGAACAACCUUUAAAUAAACGAGCUAUUACUUUGCCAUGCCUGAGCAUCAA